AAUCUUUUAAAAUCCUACUAGAAUACACUUCCUUUCCUUCCAAAUUUCAUAUCUCUCUUUCUCCCUCUCUUCCAUUAACAUCGCGACUCACAGUCUCCGGCGUUCAUCGAGUCUUCAAGUAAGCGAGAAUCCAAAGAAAAAUACAAAUGGAUUCAUCACAAAGUGCAGCUGCGGGGGGAAAUGGGAUAUUGAUCUCUCAAACUAAUGACACAGCAGCUUCUGCAGCAGGAGCUGAUGAUUCUAUGCAGAAGCUGAACCAGGUCAGCAACUCCAUUCAGAAAACCUUGGGCCUUAUCCAUCAGCUUUACCUUACAGUGUCUACCUUCAAUGCUGCCUUUCAAAUGCCUCUCCUCCAACGCAUCAAUGGUCUUGUUGUGGAGCUUGACAACAUGGUUAAAUUGGCAGAGAAGUGCAACAUUCAGGUUCCUAUGGAGGUUGUGAAUUUAAUUGAUGAUGGGAAGAAUCCAGAUGAAUUUACCAGAGAUGUUAUAAACAGCUGUAUAGCAAAGAAUCAGAUCACUAAAGGAAAAACUGAUGCUUUGAAGAAUUUGCGCAAGCAUCAUUUGGAGGAAUUGGAGCAGAACUUCCCUGAUGAGGUUGAAACUUUUAGAGAAAGUCGUGCUGCUUCUGCUGCUGAGUUGAAACGUCUGCAACAGGCACAAAGUGUGCUACCAAAUGGAGACGUGAGGGUUAAAGCAGAGCAUUGAGUGAUAUAUUUCUUAUGCCUUUGCUUGUCUACAAAUGGUACUCUCUCUGUGCGCGUGCGCGUGCGGUUUAGCACUGGCUCCUUCUUGCUGCAUCUUGGUCAUAUGUUGUGAAUUUGAUGGCUCUUAUAUUUUUGCUUACUUUUUAUUAAUUGAAUACCUUUUUGUGACUAUCCUUUUGUGUGUGUAUUACAACCAGCUUGAAGUGGAAUUUUCUCAGUCGGUAAGCUUUGUCCUUUUGAAGGAGGGCUUGUGUGAGACUUCUGGCCGAAGGCAGCGCUACUCGCUACUCACACUCUAGCUCUGUGUGAAAAUUACCGUCAACGUAAUGUGAUUCCUCGUUGGUUGUUCCAACGAAAACAAAGUAUCUGAAUUCUUAUUACUCCAAUGUGCUCCUUGGUAUAUUCUAUAACAUUAGUAACUUACCAAAAAAAAAAAAAAAGUCAAUCCCAUUCCAACAUAAAUGUUAUGUUCUGAUUUUGUAAUUAGAUAUAUUUGUGGAGAUUUUUUUAGAACUUAAUUGGGGAGUCUAUUUCUUCAAAUUGACCGAACCAAAGCUUUGUAUCAAUCAGAGGGUGACAUAUUGACAAACCAAAUUGAGUUGGGCGUCGAAACUCAUUC